AUGUGUCACUACGUAUUGAGCACGGCAAGACAGUCGCCAUCUGUGGCCGGACAGGCAGGACUUCUAGACCUCCGUUCCGGCUCAAUCUGCAUCGACGAAAUAGACAUCUCCACCAUCUCCCCCGACCAGAUCCAUGGCCGCGUGAUAGUUAUACCACAGAAUAUGCCUCUGCUCCCCGGUUCAGUGCGCUUCAAUCUUACCCCAAACAGUGAUAUCGAUGGUGCAACGAGCCGCCAACCCGACGAUAUCAUGAUAUCCGCCCUCACAGCAGUGGGUCUAUGGGAGAACAUCCAGGAAAAAGGCGGCCUUGACAUAGUCGAGAGUGAUCUUUCCCUGAGCUCAGGCCAGCAACAGCUAUUCAGUUUCGCCCGAGCUCUUGUUCAGAAGACUCUAGUCGAGACUCGGUACGGCACACAGACUCACGGUGGGAUCGUGGUGCUCGAUGAAGCCAACAGUAACGUCGACAUGGAGACUUCUUUGCUCAUGCAGAAUUUGAUAAAGGAGGAAUUCGCUGGCUGUGGAUGGACUACUCUUGUUGUUACCCACCGUCGUGAGACUAUGGAUUUUGCGGAUGAAGUUAUCGUCCUUGAUGCUGGGUGUGUUGGCGAUCCUGUCAAUGGUUAA